CAGGAAUCUGGACCUUUCUCGUCCAGAUGAGCCUGAGCUUUCUUGCUCCUUGCCGCAAGGAUUGCCCCACCAAUCGUCAGGGUUGGUGAGGGAUUAGCUCCACAGAUUAAAGUGGCCAUCUCCAAACCCUGGCUAAUCCCGCCAUCUGUCAGAGAGCAGCAAACCAGCCAAGACUCUCUUCACUGGGCUAAUUAGAAAAGCCAGAAGAGCGCACACCCAAAGAAGGGGGAAAGGAAAUCUUCGAACUUUUCUGCUUAAUAUUCAGCGAGGCGAUGGAGGAGACGUACCUUCUCAGCUAUCCAGGCGUCAAGAAGAAAAUCCUGGCAGGAGGGAAAGGACCUCUGCCUCAUUUCCCACCUGGGACAAAGGUGAUCUUCCAUUUCCAAACCCUGCUGGACAACUUUGAGCGAACGGUCGUCGAUGACAGCAGACUGGCCGGCAGACCGGCUGAGAUCUUUGUCGGAAAGAUGUUCAAGAUGGAAAUCUGGGAGUCCCUGCUGACGUCCAUGCGGGUCGGAGAGGUGGCAGAGUUCUGGUGUGACGCCGUUCACACAGGCUUGUAUCCCAUUGUGUCGAAGGGAAUGAGGCUGAUUGCCCAAGGGAAGGACCCCCUGGAGGGCCAGAAACACAUGUGUGGCAUGGGGAACCUGUUCCACUAUCACUCCACCGGCUUUCCGGAGCUCGACGAGAUAAUGCGAAAUCCUCAGCCACUCAUAUUCAUCAUGGAGUUGUUGCAGGUAGGAGACCCCUUGUCUUACCACAGAGAGUCGUGGAUGAUGGAGAAGGACGAGAAGCUGCAGACGGUGCCCGUUCUCCACAUGCAGGGCAACUCUCUGGUCAGGCAGAAACAAUUCAGAGAGGCUGCCAGCAAGUACAAGGAAGCCAUCCUGCUGCUAAAAACAGUGCAGUCCAGGGAGAUGCCAGGUGAUGUAGACUACAUUAACUUGGGCCGAAUGAUUGUCCCCCUGGAGCUGAACUACUGCCAGUGUAUGUUGGAGCUGGAGGAGUACUACGAAGUCAUAGAGCACACGACGGAGCUGCUGGAGAAACACAGAGACUGCGUGAAGGGCUACUACAAGCGGGCCAAGGCUCACGCCGCCGUGUGGAACGAGAAGGAGGCCAGGAGAGACUUCAGUACGGUGGCCCAGUUGGACAUGAGUCUGGCUGCGCUGGUUCGCCGAGAGCUGAAGGAGCUGUCGGAGCGCAUGAAGGAGAAGUACUGGGAGGAGAAGGAGCAGUACUGGAACAUGCUGGAGAAAACGGAGGGCGCCAGUAAACAGGAGGAGGAAGAGCAACAAGAUGAAGAGGAGCAGAAAGAUGAAGGCGCAAAACAGAAAGAAAGCGACUUUGAAAGUGGCAAAGCAGGAGAGAAAACCGGUUCAUCUGAGAUGAAACGUGUUGAAGAAGGAGAAGCUGGAGAAGAAGAGGUUCGGCCGUCUGAGGGAGCGAAGGAGGAAGAAAGCAGCCGUGCAGUGGAGCUGCAGGCCUGCGAUGAGAUGGAGGGGAAGGACUGGCAGCAGAUGUUACGGCUGGUCAUGUUUCUGCAGAACGAGGGAAACUUUCUCAUCAAAGAGCAACGCUUCCCAGACGCUUCCGCCAAGUUCAAGGAGGCUCUGGGAUACGUGGACUUCUUACAAAACAAGCAGGUGGAUCAACACGGCGAGGACUGGGAGUCGCUGGAGAAAGUGCGCCUCCCGCUCAGCCUCAACCUGAGCCAGUGCAUGCUGGAGCUGAAACAGCACCAGGAGGUGGUGGAGCUGAACAGCCGGCUGCUGAAGACACACAGAGGUAACUUUAAAGCAACGUACCAGAGGGCGCGGGCGCACGCUGCUUUGUGCAACGAGGAUGAGGCUCGAAGAGACUUUGCCACGGUGGAGAAACUGGAUCCAGAGUUUAAACCCUUUGUCCAGAAAGAGCUGAAGAUAUUAGGGGAAAACAUCCGCAAAAUGCACGCCAGCCAGAAGAAGAAUUAUUGGGAAAUGACCAAGGAGAAGUGGAGUCCUGUUGGAAGCAGGACCAAGGAUGCAGUAAGAAAGAAAAACGCAAACUCUGCCAAGAAAGCCACAGAAAAAACCACUGAGAUGGACAAAAACACUGACAGUCAUGAAGUUGAAGAGCAGGAAAGCCCAGCAGAACACCGUGCUGUUGAGACUGAAGGAGCGGGUGACACAGAAGCAGAAACAAAUCCAGAUUUGAAAGCAGAGCGACGUGAUAAAGAGCAAACGUGUGGGAGGACGAGUGAAUUGGGGUCAGAUAAAGAAAACCCAGCGAGGGUCGCGGCUCCUGAAGCAGAAAAUUACAAAACAGAUAAAGAUGGUGACCCUGCGUCCACCAGCUCAGAUAAUGUAGUGAGCAGGAGAUCGCAGCACGAUAAAGGCAAGAAGAAGAAGAAGAAGGUCAAACGCCAAUCAAGAAACGCAGCAAAAAGAACAAAGUCAGUUACAGGAAAAGGAGACGGACCAGUAAACUGACGGCAGCCUGUAGAGUCACAAAAUCAGAGAUAAAAAGCAAUUAUAUAACAGAGCUGGAAGUGGAAAAACAAAGUCAGGAAAUACUGAUUUUACCACUUUAAAGCCAAAUAUAGACACCUAAAUAAAAUGAAUAUAAACAGCACGGCCUCAUUCUGAGUUCAGUAGUUUUAUUCAAUCCUCAAAGGGCUUAGAGAAAACACACACACACAGACAAGCAGAUUGCCAAAUACAAAGUUUUAUUUCUGUACACAAAGAGUAGAAAGCAGCCAGUAACCCACUUGUUAUUACAGUAAAAAGCCUCUCCUCAGAAAACCUCUCACACAGAUUAAAAACUCCCAGGACAAAGUGUUGGACGACAGCAGGAAAUCAAAACCGUAAAAACAAUGAACUUCAAGGUGAUUAAUGAGGUAUUUUAGUGGAGAGAAGAAAGAAGCCUCAGUUCACCUGCGUGAAUCAGCGACUUUAUGUGAGCAGAAACCUGCUGCGUGAUCCUGUUGCAUGUUAGACGACAUGCAUGAAGGCUGAGCAAACAUGUUCAGACCAGAGAGGAAUCGGCUGAACAGCAAUGAUGAUGAUGAUGAUGAUGAUGUGAGCUUGUUUUUGUUUUUUGCUUCUGUCAUGCAACAUGGAGCGCCAGUUUGUAGAUGUGAUACGGGUCAGAUAAAACAGAAAAAUAUUAUAAUUAUAAGUAAAACUGCAGCAGAGUGUUGUGUUUUUUCUCAAGUGGGGAAAGAAACAUUAUGUGUCUGUAGCAUAAUGCAGCUGCAACGCUAAAACAAAACGUUACCAGGUUGUUUUGGUCUAGUUUCAAACAUCUUGAAAUAAGACUGACUAACUUACAACUAACUUUUCUAAGCCAAUAAUUAAAAAAUCAGUACUACUGGCAGAUUAUUUCAUUUUCAACAUGAGAAAAUGUUUUACUAAAAGUGAAAUAAUCUGCCAGUGGAACUAGAAGUUCAUCAACAUUAAGGAAUUACUAGCUUAAAAAGCUCUUAUAACUUGCAGAAAAGUUACUUGUAAGUUGGUUUUGUCUUAUUUCAAGCCUAAUCAAAGGUUUGCACUAGAAACUAGAACCAACAGGAGGAUAGAAAUAAGAAAUACCAAAGCUGCAACUGUUCCUGUUUAUGUUAACUAUAGUAUUGAAGCACAGCUAGGUGCUGUAGGAAGUUAGAAAAGUUUGAUGAUGUGUUCCUUUUGCACUUUAAAGUUCAAAUUUAUGUGCUCAACUACGCUCUCCAAAGAAAAAUAAUCCAAAAUGCCCUAAGUUAAACUUUCAACUAAAAAAAAAAAGAAACAUUCAAAUCAACCAAUUCAGAAUUUGUUCUGUUAUUCGUAAUAACAGGAUCUGAUUUGUUUGGACAUGAAAUGACGGUAACCAGAAGAUCUUCCAUCGCUGCACAAUUCAAACUAAAACUCUUGUAUUUUUUGUGUUUUUGAGUCGCAAUAAAAUACGUUUGCCUAGUAAAAUAGUAAUAUAGUGUUAGAAAUACUGCCACCUGCAGGUGGGAGUUAGCAUUACACAAACGACGUUUUUGAACCAUUUUGUUGGAAAAUUUUCAGCAUUAUUGGAAAAAAAGUGCAGGGAUCUGAUGAUUUUCCAUGAUAGUAGAAUCUCAGAGAGACUAAUGAAAUUUGGCAUUAUACAGAUUUAAAAAGUGAUUUGGUUUGAUUGAGACAAUAAAAUUUAAGCACACAGCUGUUAUGUUAAAGGUUUCAUUCAUGUGUCCCUCUGGAGUCCAAAGGGCCACAUAAAUAGUUACGGCGGGCCGGACUUGGCCCCCGGACCAUGAGUUUGACACAUGUAGCACAGAGUCACAGAACAAAAGGAAAAUAUGUGACUCAUGAGAAAAAUAAAUACAAAAUAAAUAAAAUAAGACCUGUGAUUAAUUUAUUUAAGGCCAAAUUCGUUUUUUAAAUUAAUUUAUGACAUUUUAAGGCCUUAAUUUUGGAAACAUCAAUUUAAAACUUUUUAAAGAUGGGUGGACACCCAGGAUGGAGUGAGGUGAAGCGUCAUUUCCACACCCAAAUUUCAACUUCCAGGCUAAAUGGAACGCCGCGUCAAACGUUUUGUAAUCCGUUGAUUGAUUGCUGAUUGUUGUCGUAGUGACUGGAUUCCCCGUGUCUGAGUCGCUCUAAACAACCUCUAACAAGCAGCGUAACUUCAUUAAAUAUCCAUUUCUUGUCUUUCUGUAACUGCCAUGUCGCUAUGAUAUUAAGAUAAACAACAGCUGACAUGAUCUGAAUGCCUCCGCGUGUUUCUCACAGUUUGUCGCUGCUACAUGUCUUUGUGCAUCUUGACGUGUGUGAUGGGUAAUCAUUGUUCAAUGAGAUGCAUAAAUACCCAGAGAUAAAUCACAAUGAGUAAACAUGGCUUCUGCUCAUUGUUCUCCUCUGAAGCAAAAAAAAAAAAAAAGAAAGAAAAGAUUUGGGUAAU